AUCUCCAAAAACACAUCUUGCUUGGUUGUGGUCUCAUUAAGCCGGAGGAGUUCCUGGAGCAUGAAGACAUGCGUCUAAUGUAACUGAUCCACAGCAAUUCAGCAUGUGGAUUUAUUAUUUCAAAAAUGAAAACAUGUGCCUGCUGUCCUAUAUACGUCAACAAAAAGAAGACAGAUCAAUGCUGUGAAAAGAGAUUCUUCAGUCUACAAUGAAAAAUGAACAGUGUUUUGAUUGCACUGUUAAUUCUCCCUGCAAGUGCUCAGUCAGCAAGGAUCUGUCCGGACACCUGUGUCGUCUGCUCAGAGGAAGUGGUCAUUUGUCAGAAACUCCUGGACAUCAUAGAUGUUCCUGGUAACAACAAAGCCAUCAUUUUCACUGACGGGUUUAUUAAUUCCAUCAAUUUUUCAAAUCUUUCCUACCUUUCCAACAUCACACUACUUGGGCUCAGCAACAACAAUAUAAUGCAAAUUGAGGACAAUGCCUUUCAGAAUUUUAAUAACUUGAGAACAUUGCUUUUGGAUCACAAUCUUAUCCCAAGCUCUGCCAUAUUGGAUACCACCUUCUCCAGCCUUAGCAGCUUGGAAAUUCUGCAUCUGAGUAACAACGCUUUACAAAGUGUCAGUGGACGCUGGUUUAAAAACAUGAGGAAUUUGACAACUUUACAGUUAGAAGGCAACCAAAUCACAAGACUGGACAAUAACAGUUUUGCAGAUUCCAACCUUCAAAAUCUUAAGAAUCUGGAUUUGUCCAAUAAUCUUAUCAGGUUCAUUGGCAAAGAUGCUUUUGUGGGACUUCGUCAACUCAACCACUUAGACUUAUCCAGGAACAGCCUCUCUGCCAUGCCUGAUGCUUUUUCUUACCUUUCUUGGCUGUCAUUUCUUAACCUGGAUAUGAAUCAUUGGAACUGUACCUGUGAAUUAAAGGAGCUUUCUGAGUUUCUCCGAAGCUAUCUCAAAAAUCCAAAUAAGAUCCUUUACAAUGGGAAGCAACUGAUCUGUGAGAACGUUAAGAACCCAGCAGGGCAGACCAUACUUCAGCUGACUGAUGCUAACUGUGUAGCAGCCAAUCAAAACAUCACCAUCAUCAUACAAAGGAAAAUCCAGGAGAACUAUGUGAGGGACAUCAUUCUGGUGGCAACAUUUUGUUUCUCAGGAGCUCUGGGAUUAAUGUUUCUUAUUUUCAUUUUCCUGAACUAUAAAGCCAAGCGCAGGAAAGGCAGGUGGCUUGCACUGAACGGACGCUUGCAUGAGAAUGAGGAAAGUUAUGAAUCAUCUAAAGCAACACCUGACUGCACAUUUACUGAGGAGAAUGGAGUACAAAUUUUGUCUAUAAUGCACCCUGGAAAUGAAGCUCCACUUUUGCAACAAAAUGGUGUGGGAGCCAUGACAAGAAAAGCUCAAGACUCACAGAAAGGUGAUGGCAACAGUCCUACAAGAUAUCACCAUGCACAGAAUAUACCAGUAACAGAAAAGAAAAGAUAUUUUGCCUGUUUUAACUGUAGAUCGGUACAGUCUGUCUCAAAUGGGAGUAGGGCACUUGAUAAAUGGGAUUCUGUCGUUUCAAGAAGUGUCCCUCAAGUGACAACAAUGCCCAUUAAACCAAGGGAGUUGGCCCCAUGGGCACAUCCAGAGAGAAGCAUGCCUCAGUCUAUCCUAAAGGGUAACGAAGAUUACAGAACCAAAGAGCUGUCUAGAUGGAGAAGAACAACAGGUCACAAUGAUUGCCCUUGUCAAACUAAGAACUUUACAAUGUUUGAAAAAGAAGAAAGCCCUGUGUACACAACACCUCUUACAUGUGUACAAGAAUUGUCCAGUAAAGGAGAUGUCAGUUGUGCACAAACAGAUCUUCAUAGCAACCAUUUUACAGAUGAAGAAAAUAUUUACUUACUGCCAGACUACCUCACUAUUGAUUGCUUUCAUUGUAAUACAACUUACAAAUACAGCAGGCAAGGGAGUAAUGAGGAGAGGAGUAGGCCACAAACAGCAGGCAAAAGGCCCAGAAACCACUCCUCUAGAGGGACUACAGGAAUGAACAGCAGCACAACAGAAGAGAAAGUUUAUAGAAAAUCAACUGGAGAUGAAUAUCAUGAGAGGGAAACAACUGAAAACCCCUCUGAGUUACGAAGAGUAAAGUUAACUCAGGCACAAAAGAGUGUCUCCUUUAAUUUACCCGAUUCAGUAAAUGAAUGCCUGAAUUCUCCUAAAAGUAAAAGAAGGAAAAGCAGCACACAUGACAGCACAAAGUUUAAGCAGCCCAUUGGUAAAACAAAAGGAAUGAGCGAGGAAGUGGAGAGAGGUGUUUCAUAUUCAAAAGCCACUAAAGCAGAGAAAAAAUUUUACUCGUCCACUCAGCUUACAUUAAAACCCAAAGCCUGUUUAGAUGGUUUACUGAAAGUCAAGAUCAAUUUAGACCCUUUCAGACGAAACAAAGUUUAUCCAGUUCAAGAAAUGUGGAUUGAGGAGAAGCCCAUCCUUCGAGAGAGUAUGGACCAUGAUCAGAUAAAAUCAAGGAAAAAGGCCAAAACAAAACAAGUUCAAGAAAUGUGUGAAGAGGAGAAGGUCACUCUUGAAGAGAGUGUGGACCAAGAUCAUAUAAAAUCAGGGAAAAAGGCCAAAACAAAACAAGUUCAAGAAAUGUGUGAAGAGGACAAGGUCACUCUUGAAGAGAGUAUGGACCAUGAUCAGAUAAAAUCAAGGAAAAAGGCCAAAACAAAACAAGUUCAAAAAAUGUGUGAAGAGGAGAAGGUCACUCUUGAAGAGAGUGUGGACCAAGAUCAUAUAAAAUCAGGGAAAAAGGCCAAAACAAAAAAGCUAAAAGAGAAGUCAGCAACAACUGAGUGCGCUAUACCUGUUCUAGAUCAAUCAGCUGCACUGGAUGCCCCAGACAUUAGAUCAACUGGGAAGAUGAAAUCCAAAUCAAAAACUGAAAGACCUAAAACUGUGAAGGAUAAACACAAAAGUGAACCUGAUCAAACAUCAAAGAAUAUUAAAGACGAGGUAAUGUCGCCAAGCCUCCUGCAGAGCAGCAAUUCUCUGCAAGAAGAGCUGCACAGUAAAAGCAUCAGUAAGAAAGCCUUGAAGCAGAGUGAGAAUGCCAGAGACAAUAUUACAGAAAUCACAAGCCAUGUAUCUACAGAACCCAAUGUGAACAAGCUCCCAGUAAACACAGAAGGAAGGACCGACAAGCAAAAUUCAAUAGAAUUUAUCACACAAAGCCCAGAGACCAAAAACACUGAGCAUCUAUCAAGUGAACAAUCCUCAGAUGCUGAUCACAGAUAUCAAAAAGACACCACCGAUAUAUCAGAUUCUGAUAAACCUAAGAGCAAUGAAAGACUGCAAAUAAUCCAUGAGACAAAGGAGCACAUAGGAGAAGGUGCUUCUGUAAAUGUUGACUGUGAGGUAUUAAAUGACAUUUUUCCACCCCAAGAUCUGCCCUCAGCAGAUGCUAAUACAAUGGCGGAGCAGCAUGAAAACAAUGAAAGCCAGAAAGCUGAAACUCCAGAGCAUAAAAUAGCUGUGGACUCAGAGGACUGCCAGACUGACCCAUCUCCAGAAGACAUUGCACCACAGCUGUCAACACAUCUUGAAGACAGUACAGAGAUGGCAGAGCUCCCCAAAUUGGACAAGACACAAACACAGGAUGACAUUUCAGAAAAUACUCCUAAUGAGAGCAUUACUGUAACAGAAGAAGAACCAGCAAAUGAGGUAGAGGAUGCAAAACCAGAAGACCCCACUGGAGCUGCAGAGCCGUGUAACAUAAAUGCACUUGAAAAUCCAGUUAAUGGCCACAUAGCCCAAACCUUGUUAUCGGUUACUCUGGACUCGGGAACAUCUCAGACUCAGCCCGAACUGGAAAUUAUUGCUACAACUGAGGAACAUGUAAACAAGGAAAACCUUUCAAACAAUAACAGCACUAAGUCCUUACUUGGCCUGUCGACCCAAGGUGACACCAGCAAUACAAAAGGCUUUCAGGCAGAAACACCUAAAGUGCUCCUUAUUCCAAAAGUGGCAUCUGAAAAAUCUGCCACUGAUUCUGUUUUGUCAGGUGUUGGCAUCCUACAAGAAAUCGACAUGGCGUCUGGAGACAGCAGUCAGAAGAAGAAAAUAUGUUUGGUUCUUCCUGAACAGUCAAAUAUCAAGUCACAGCACACACUCAACAAGAAGAUACGAUAGCCCUUGAUCAGCAAACUGUAACGUAGCUGGUUAGUUAGUUCAGAAAGCCACACAUGCCAAGAACUUCAUCCAUUUUGCAAAGUCACUUUGUCUAGUAUAGUGUCAUAAGGAGCUGAAGCCUACGUAGACAGCACCAGAUACAAAACAGCAGGCAAACCUGGAAGCAAUACCACUCUGUUGCAAAUCACAAAUCAGUCUAAGCACAGUGGCAGGAAUCCAUUAUGAGCAUGAAGAGAAUAAGGAAACUCAUUAAGAAGACACCCAGAUGGGAGUUAAAUUAGGGGCCACGAACUGAAAGAUAGCAACAUCACCUGCUGCAUCAUCAUAUGGGACAGCCAUCCAAGAAAACCAAUUCAAGUAAAAGAUGGAAGUUACAGGAAAGCUUUUUUCAGUCUACAGGACUAAAUAUGUUAAAGAUUCUCUAAU